AUGUUGGGCGCCCCCACCAGCACGCCGUUGAAAGAGGAGCCGCCGGUGGCGCUGUUCUACAUCGAGGGCCGGUCGGAUAACAUCCAGAAAGCGCUCGAGGGUUUAGCGCGCUAUCGCCAGUGCCACAUCGAGUGCGUUGAGAUCACAGAACACGUGUUUCAGCAGAUUCGUUGGUCGCGAAGUACUGACAUUUAGUACAACCGUUUGAGGCCGUUUCUAGAAUAAAGAAAAAUUUAGAAUCUGCUAGAAUCACAUAUGGAUUGUUCUGUGCGUGGUUGUGUUUCAUCGCGGACUUGUAAAAUUCUGCCGUGAAUCAUUCUGCUGUUCGACGAAAGAAACAAGUUUAUUGUUUAAAAUAUCACCUCAAUCAGUGUCGAACCCGCCGGGGUUUCUGGCCCAAGUGGUUUCGGAGAGCGGUAUCGCCCAGGCGCUUUUGCUGACGCAGGAAGGCACGCGGGCGAGGCGAAUCCAGCUGAAGGGCACGCGCGACGAGUUGGACCGAGCGCACAAGUUUAUCAAAAAGUCCCUGCCGGAAUUCACUGGCCCCUCGGAACAUGCGAGUUCCGGAACGAGCGCCGCGCCUGCCUGGGUGGCGGCUGCACCGCCGGCACCACAAACCGGUUCGUACCGUGGCUGGAAUAAUGGGGGACACCACCACAACCAAAUGCACUACAACACCGGAUCUGCUGGAGCGAAUAAGGCAGGGCAACUUGUGCAGUAUCACCAAGGUGCAGCUCCGUGGUCUUCUAGUUCGAGUGGGACCAGCACGACGACCAAGCAACCUACGGCUCGGUCGUCCUCGCUCUCGAAAGUAGACGACGCUGGUGCGAACAAGCUUCUCUCUUCCGCUGCCAGUGUUCCCAACAACAAACCCUUCAGUUUCCCAGCGCCCCCACCCGCGGUUCCCACCGCGGCGCCGAGUAGUUGGGGCAACAGCGAGCGCGAACACUACUGGCUUUCCUUGACGCAUACAUGGAGCGGGCACACGGCGCGGCUCUCGCUCUACAAGAAUCGCUCGUCGCCGCAUCGUAUCAACUGUAAAAAUGUCUGGGUCUGGAAGAACCUAAACUUGUGAUGCUGUCUCUGGAUUCGAAAAAGAUUUGUAUUGCAUGACCAGUAAGAGGAGUAGUUUUGUGCUCCGCGGAGAUGGCAUUUGUCAUGCGGAAUAGGCAUGAGGAAGCGCUCCAAAAAUCUGUGAUGCUACGGCAUGCAUCACAGACAUCAUGGGUCAUGGAAAAUAUGCAUGACAAAUCUAGAAAUCUUCCAGACCCAGACAUUUUUACAUUUGAUACAUCGGCUCUCCGCAGCAGCCGCGAGAGCAGCCAUGAACGGAGGAACAGCUUCGGGCUCGUUCUACGAACAACCUGGUAGUAGUGCCUUGUACGACAGGCACAACGUUGCAGGUGCCCACGAAAACCAAUACUAUGACUUGCGGAGCAGCGCGCCGACUACAAAGGACUACCCGGCUAGUAAGCAACAAGCGGACCCCCUCCCGUCGAAGCGGAACAGCUCGCUACCGGUCCCGCCUCCGCCGCCGCUGCGGCGCCAGCUGCGGGACCAGAGCUUUUCGUCGUUCGCCGAUGUGGAGGAGUACGAUCCGCGGCAGUCAUCCUACGCAGACUUCGCGAAGAAACACUCGUCGUGCAGCUACUCCUCCUUCGCGUCGGCCGACUCCGGCCCGGCUUCGGCGGGCUACCACGAGUUCGUGGAAGGUGUCUCCUGGCACCCUACCAGGGGUGCGAGUCAGCAGAGUGGAACUUCUGCGGAGCAGGAAGCGGCGGAGGCGGCGUGGAAAAGUACGCUGGGUGGAGGAGCAGUUGGACCUUCCUCAGGCACUUCAGGGAACAAUCCAAAUUCAGGCAGUACAAAUGAGAAUGCACUGUGGAACAAUUACUGGGCCCCCCCGGGGGAGCUCCAUCGGCACUUCGAAGAGAUACCGGAGGAGGACGAAAACGAUCAGACCCCCGCAAUUCUGUAUGAAAACACCGCAGAAAACACGCCGCAGAACAUCCACGAGAUCGCUGCCUUCAAUCUUCAAAAGGCCACUACGGGACACUUGUUCCCCGGGGUUUUUGCAGCGGCCCCACCCCCGCCACCCAUCGCGGACGGCGUCGAACUGCCACCGUUUGACCAGCUUACUCCAGAGGAACAAGACGGGAUCAUUCGGGAAAUCUCGGGCAUGCAGGGGGUCAUUCCCGGAACGUCGGAGAUGUUCGACACGCGACUGUUCCGCAUGCUGGCAGAUGUUGGAAGUGGUCGCAAUAAAUCAUCUUCCGGAAGAUUAGAGCGGCAAACCUCGUCCCAGAAAAAUGCGAAGAAAGAGCAGCAGGACACGCUGCAACUGCUGGUCUCCGAGACGGGCGAGGCGAUGUCGGGCACCGGAGCCAUGAUUCCGGCGCCGCCGCCAGAUUCCGUGAUUCCCGCCGACCACCAGCUGCAUCAGCCCGAACUUCCUUUGAACGCACUGGCGGUGACCGACAACGAGUCCAACUCGCUGCAGAUGGCGUCCCGCACGGGUUCCCGAAAUGCACACUUUCAUAUUCCAGGAGACGGGACCGGUACGGGCACGCACCGGAGCUUCCACACCGGCGGCGACUCGUUCUACCAGAGCCCCGAGCACGCGGCGCUGCUGUUUGACCAGACGCCGACUUAUCAACUGGACGGAGCCGGGGCGCAGCUGCUGGGUGCUGGAGGACCUGCGGGAACAGCAAGCAGUGCGAACUUGUCGCUGGAUCUCUCCAGUCUGGCGGCGCUCGCUUCGACCAGCUACGGCCAGAGUCUGAACAGUUUAAACCUGGGUUUCCCGGGCGCCGGCGGCGCGAUACCCGGGAUGACACAGCUCCUGCCGCAUCCUCUGGCCGGGGCGGUGCAGCCGGUCGGUCUUGGGCCUUCGUCCUCCGCGUUCGUGACUCCGGCCAGCACGAUGCUGCAGCACGGCAUAUCAAGUGUAAAAAUGUCUGGAUCUGGAAACUUGUGAUGCUGUGUGGCAUAUCAUGAGGAGGCCACAAUUGCUGGCUCAGCAUGACAAGUUUCUGAGCUUCUAGGUGUUGCCUAUUCUGCAUGACAAACUACGUUUCUGCAUGACAGAAAAGUCGGGCUCUUUGGUAAUGUGCAUGACAGAUUUAAGAGUCAUGCCAGACAAGCGUGACAAACUUGCAUUCUUCCAGACCCAGACAUUUUUACAUUUGAUACGGCAUGAUGUUCAACAACUGGGCCGCCGCACCGGGUGGCGUUCCGCCCACUGUACAGCCCGUCGGCACCGCGCCAGGAACGGAGCAGCAGCCCUUUGUGCCCUUUUUCCAGUCGUCGCACUCGCUCCAGCGAUACAGCAACGCGCAGUUUUCAUGGCUGGAAGAGCUGCUCGCCCGGUACCCGUCCCGCGCCAUGUUGUUCCUCCGCGGGGCCGAGCCCUCGGGGGACUGUCUUAACGCAAUCGUCUACCUGUUGCUCGCGCUGCCGCCCUUCGUCAAGCUCGUCACUGGUCUCUGGGCUGCGCAGAGCUACGCAAAACUGUCGGGGGGCGCGGAGACAAGUUUGACUCUUUUUUGAUCAGUCGGACGCGUUGCGGUGUGAUCGUUGUGAUUGAUAUCUAGUAUCUGCACUAGGAAGUACAAGUAGUAGUGCCAGCGCUACAGUGCAAGGAUUGUUCGAGGAGCUCCGUUUUCUACAAGAGCGAAAACCUUUGCAGAUACUUCUGCGAGCGCGAUCACGGCCCUAGUCAAGGCUUUCGAGUAUUUUACAGACACCAAUCCGCCCGCGUGCAUGGACCUGAAAAGCGUAUUCGCGGACGUGCUUGCGCUGUGGAAAGCCGGGCAGAAUGAACCGACAGAGGAGCAAGGUACAACUGAGUACUUGUUAAUUUUGGGGCGCUUAUUGCUUUCUGCUUCCUAGGCUUGGGCUUCCUCACUUUUAUUUGCUGAAGAUGAGAAGUCUCGUCCUCGUUAUAUGUCGUAAUUGGAACAAAUUAACAGACCUCGGCGAGGAUGGCCAAAAGUCUUCCCAAUCCUCUGCGCGCACCAUCGUCGGGCCAGAGGAGCGUGGCUUGCUUGCGAAGAAGAGCGACAACGGCGAGGAAAACGCAGAGGAGGAAGCAAUGGCGGACACACCGUCCAGCGCAACGAAUAUGCGAUUUCUGAGCUUUCUCUUGGACCGGUUACAUCAGGAAUGCGGCAGCUGCGCACACCAGGGUCUCGCUGGUGCGCCGCAGCACCAGGCACCCUCGAGCUUUUUGGAGCAAGACCUGCAAGCGACGGAGCACGCCAUUCACAGCCUUUUCGGGGUUGUGUGCCCCUCCGGUCGGUCCUUUCUCGGGUUGAACAUCUUUGUCCCCACCAUGAACCACGUCACGAACCGCAGUUUUGCAGUUCCCUUCGAACGCUUGCUGCGCCUCGAGAUGGGCAUGGGUGAGGAAGAGGAAGUACUCCAGGCGCCGGCCAUGUAUGGGAGUGUCAGGAUUGAAAUAAUUGUCAAAGUUGAAUAUAGUUUGUCAUGCAUAAAAUGCGACACAGAGACUGACUCUAUUGCAGAGGACGCAAGGGAGGCUGAUUCUAGUGCUGGUAAGGGUCAAGAAUUGGGUUGCUGACUAGCAUGACAGGGAGGAGUCAUCUUGCCCUAAAUAGCAUGACAGACUUGCUUCAGAGGCCAGGAAAAUUUGUCAUGCGCCGAUUGGAAAGUGUGGGUCCAACUGGUAUGGAUUUUAUGCAUUGCAAAUUAUUUCAACUUUGUUAAUUUCAAUCCUGACAGUUCCAUACCAUGCUUGUGGCCAGUAUCCACCGAGAAAAUCAAGGAGAUCGUAAUUUUAGUUUUGCACUUUAUUGUGGCGUUUAUUUCCACUUGCACAUGAGCAGCAGCCAGCAGGGAGCGUCGUAAAAACAAUCAUCAAAAUUAUCCCGAUUUAGUUUUAUCAGUCUACUACUAUCAGGUGUUGCUUACGGUACGUACGUACAACUGCCGGAGCAGCUGGGGAGCGCCGUGCGGUACGAUUUGUGCGCUGUGUUGGUCGCGGAAGAGGAAGUUGACCAGGUGCCCGCACAGCAGGAAAGUAUUACCUCCGGUUCGAAGGGCCAGCGGAGCGAGGACUCGGCGUACGACCAGGUUUCCGACAACUCCUCGCAGAAAGCGAACAGUCACAAGCGCGCGAAAAUCGAGCCUGGCAACUCUCUUGUGAUCAACCGGCCGUCCCCGAAGCAGGCGGAAGCCGGCGACGCGCCCACGCGGUCGACGAUGGCGGCGCACUCGUGCAAGAGCAAGAUUUAUCAAAUGCAAAAAUGUCUGGGUCUGGAAGAGUCAUGCUGUUUUUGCAUGACACAGAAGGUCUGGCAUGGAACGUCUAGCAUCACAGGUUUCGAGAAGCUUCCGCAAUGCCGAAUCCGCAUGACAAAUCCCCCACUUUGGUCACAGAAAGUGGGUAGCUUUUGCUACCUAUGCAUGAGAGAUUUUUCAGUGUUCUGAAAUGCGCAUCACGAGUUUGUAUUCUUCCAGACCCAGACAUAUUUGCAAUUUAUAAGAUUUCCGUAUCGACCACGACGGGGAGCCAGAAGACCGGCGGUCGCUGUGAGUUCCACAUCAGCCCGGGGAGCUCCAUCGGCCGCGAGCGCACGGGAAGCGGAGGGAACGUCAGUACCGGCAGCAGCAACCAGGGUGUAUCAAACGCAAAAAUGUCUGGGUCUGGAAGAAUGCAACUUGUAACGUGUAUUUCAGAACACAGAAAAGUCUCUUAUGCCUACGUAGCAAAAGCUGCCCACUUUCUGUCAGCAAAAUAGGGGACUUGUCAUGCGGAUUCGGCAUUGCGGAAGCUUCUCGAAACCUGUGAUGCUAGAGCUUCCAUGCCAGACCUUCUGCGUCAUGCAAAAACAGCACGACUCUUCCAGACCCAGACGUUUUUACAUUUGAUAGGGUGUCGCGCGGUACUACCACAGCCAAGCGGGGACGACGAACAACGCACCUACAGGGGAGCACGACCAGACCACUUCUUCCAACAAUCAGACCUCGAACUCAAACUCCACGUCCGCCGGAACUUCAUUUGACGGGUUGAGUCGCGCUGCACACCCGCUCUCGAUGUCCGUAGACACAGCGUUCCCGCGCGGCACUUCUAGUCGUGUAAACGACAGCACGAGUGUCGUUGUGGUGCGGCAAAACCAACACGGGAACAACCACGGGUCUAAUGCAAGCAGCGACUCGGGCGGAGAGACUGUUGAUGGUCGGAGGGAUCAUAAUACUUCCUCGUCCACCAGCAGUGUUGCGGCAAGCCUGGACGGCACGGGGUCCGAGGGGACGGCCGUUUCCGCGCCCGCGGUGUUGGACGAGACGCACAUGAAGGCUGGAUUGAUGGAUGCGGACCAGGAGUUGGUGAACUACUUGACGCUGCAGAAUUAUGGGAGUGUCAGGAUCGAAAUCGACAAAGUCGAAAAAUUUGCCAUGCGUAAAAUGUAGGGCACUGAAGGCCUGUAAUGGGGAGCAGGCAAAUGAGACCGAUUGUAAGCCUGUGUAGGGGUAUGCAAUGUGCUGCCAGCGUAGCAUGACAGGAGCAGUCCUCUUUGCCCAAACAGCAUCACAAACUGGAUUUUGGUGCUCCCGAAAUUUGUCAUGCGCCACUUGAAAGCUGGGGCUUCAACUGGUAUCGAUUUUGUGCAUCACAAAUGUUUCGCGUAUACUCAAGCCAUUGUUACCUCCCUAAAAUGAAAAAUAAGCCAACAAAUAGAUGACAGGCGGCCGCGCGUAUGGACACCCGAGCUCCCGCUCUCCCUCCGGUCCAGACGCGAUCCGAACUACGCUCGGCGGGACACCAAUUGCGUUCACUACCAAGAUGUGGAUGCCUCUCGGAGAGCUGGAGAAGCGGGCAAGGGGUUGUCCUGAUCGUUGUCAUGUGAUCUGUCAUGCCUGCUGCUCCUUUGCAUGCCCCGCCGCAGUCUUCCUCUGCGCUUGGCGAAAGGGCGAGUCUGUUUCUAAUACUGGUUCACUAAGCCGAGGCUUUUCCGGCUCUUUGUUGAGGCGAAGUUUUCGCCUCCGAACGUGGCCUAUAGUCACUCCCUGACUGCGACAGCCGGAAUUAGUGGAAAGCGGCUCCGAGUGGCAAUUCGAUAAGAGGCGCGUAAACAGAAGACGCUCCUCUCCAAAUCCGAACUUCCGAUAAGGACCAGCGACUGCACGGCUCGCCUUGGUCCCUUGCUACGGCCGCGAUUCUAUGGAUACGAGCAUAAGGGAAAGCGGAGAGGGGAAACAGUGCCAAUCCCUGCACACAGCUCGCCUUGCUCCCAUGACAUUGCGGCUGUUUCUCAGCUCCUGACUACGCCGCUGCGCGACUACUUAAUCGACAUGUGGUAUCUUGGUAAGAAAUAGGUAAGUUAUUAUCUCAUAGUGUUGCUUCUGCGUGAGUCUCUACCAAAAAAUAUUAAUGACCUCGAUUUAGCUCUGGAAUAAACUCUUCAAAUAAAAUAUAAAUCAAAGUUCUCGCGUCCCCCCCAGUCCCAAUUCACAGAAAGGGCCUCAAGUUUUCAAAUCCCACAAAUAUGUCUUGUAGUCACACUGCGUGGAAGCUCUAAAACGCCCUUGCUGUAGAUCUUCGAGAUCUUCAUACGGCUUGGGUCUGUCAGCUUCCAUAUAUUAAAAAAAAAAAUUUCAUAGUAUAGCAGGUCGCUGGGGGUCUGUGUGAUUCAGUCACGGACUUCCUGUCUGCUUCUAUUACAGUUGUGAGCGCAAAGUAUGGUUGAAAAAUAUAUAAGUGCCCGGGGAUGAAGAAAUACUCGCGAUGUUUUCGCGGUUCUGACCCUAUGCCGUUCCAGCACCUGCGGAGGCUUGCCUCCAAAGCUACGCUGGACAAUGGCAAUGUCGGUGCGGUUGUUUUAGCAUCACAAAUGUUUCGAUUUUGUCAAUUUCGAUUCUGACACUUCCAUAAGAAUCUGUUCAAGGUCGCUUCGGACAGCAACCUCGCCGAGGGGUACGGCCCGGCGCGGUCGGGGCUGUUUCCCUUCCCCGAAGACGACAACCCGGGCGAUGGUAUGCACUGCCAAAUGCGGUCUUUGUCGGCGGACCAAGCGAACAGUACCGGAGCGCAUAUUGCGAGCAGCUUUGAAACCACCCCUGAGCCGGAGGUGCGGUCGGAAACCAGCGAGGAGCACUUCGCGGCAUUCACGACGGCAGACUGCUCGCAGAACGUGCAGAUGGGAAAGUCCCCGGAGCUGAAUUACAGUUCAGCUGCUAAAGGUGCACGGCGGGGGCCAGGGGGCUCUCCCGGCUGGGUCGCGCAGUGCGAAAAGAACAAGCGUGAAGAAGAAUUCCUUGUUGACGGCAACAACGGCAAGCGACCUGCCUCCGCGGCGGACAACAUUACGACGUCCAACACAGCCGGCCGCGGAGGUUUCGUGCUGAAGAUGUCGAGCGGCUUCUCGUCGAUCCGGGACCGCAAGGGAACUGUCGACACGGAGUUUUCGGCUGGGGACAUGACCCCCAGUUCCGCUUUCCCAAUCCCUCCCGCGUUCAGCUUCCGCAGCGUGUCCAGCCAGAGCGCCGAGGCGGCGUCCGGCAGCCGCGACCCGUUCCCGGACGUCAGCGGUGCUUACCUGUUCCGCUCGGUCACCGACGGGGCGAUGCCCGACGAGAACUCCGCCGUCGCUUUCUGGACCGCCCCCUCGGUCGAGGAACAAAUAACCGCCCGUACCGGCUCGGCCGGCGCGGCUUUCAUGACGCACGCGGUCGCGGCCCGGAGUCGCAAGGCCGCCGCGUCCAGCGCGAAUGCAAACACGGGGAGCGGCUGGAACAACUCUAGUACCAUCGAGGGGGGUAUGGAUUGCAAAUAUCCCUGGAUGUCUGGAAGAAUACGAACUUGUGAUGCGCAUUUUAGAACACAGAACAAUCUCUCAUGCACGGGCAGCAAAAGCUGCCCACUUGCUGUCACCAAAAUGGGGGACUUCUCAUGCGGGUUCGGCAUUGCGGAAGCUUCUCGAAACCUGUGAUGCUAGAGUUUCCAUGCCAGCCCUUCUGUGUCAUGCAAAAACAGCAUGAACCUUCCAGACCCAGACACUUUUGCAUUUGAUAGGGGGUCCUCAGGAUUCAGCUCCCUCUACCGGGAUGAGCAGCGCGCACGGGCUAUCAAAUGCAAAAAUGUCUGGAUCUGGAAGAUUACCAGUUUUGUUAUGCAUAUUUUGAAUGACCCAUGAUGUGUGUGAUGCAUGCCCUAGCGUCACAGAUCUUUAGAGGACUUUGUGAUGCCUCUGCCGCAUGAGAAAUGCCUUCUCCGCGUAGCACAAACUGGAGUCCUCUUGCUAGUUCUGCAAUACCAAUUUUUUCAGAUUCCUGAGACAGCAUUGCAAAUUUAGAAUCUUCCAGACCCAGACAUAUUUGCAUUUGAUACGGACCGUCCAGCGGCCAAUCGGCGUCGAUGUCUUCCAGUGGCCAGUCCAGCAGUAUUACAGUGAAAAGUGCCCCCCACCCCCAAAGUUGCAAAAAUUUGUGAUGCGAAGUUUCCAAAUAAAACCUUUUUGUCAUGCAUGAAAGGAAUAUCAUGAAUCUUUCUGAUGCAGAUUCUAGUGUUGUUUCGCAUCGCUUGCAUGACAAGCACCGCUCUUGCUGGGAUCUUUUGCAAUACAAAUUUUUGCUAUUCACGAUCGGAAAUCUGUGAUGCUGAUACAUGCAAGAGGGCGAAUGUUUCAUUUGGAAAGGUUUGCAAUACAGAUGCUUUCAAGUUCGGGGGUGGGGGCAUUUUUCAUUGUAAUAAGCAGCAGCUCCUGUUCGCAGACCGGAGGUGGCAGUAAAACUACUAUCAAAGCCGGAAUAAAUGACCAGGACCACGAAGAUCAGGGUCGAGGCGGCCUGACGAGGAAAACGAUUGGCAACAACGCCUCGAGCACCUCGACCUUUUCCACAACCGCAGGCUCUCAGUUGACCUCGCGUACGCCAACCGGCGGGUCGUCACAGACGCUGCCGUCAAGCUGCACAGGAUCAUCCGCGGCGACACAGCGGAUGAGCACAGGGAAUCUUCAAAACGGCAGUUCGGUAACUACCUCAGGCUCCAACAACUCGCUCGCGGCCCACGUUAUUCAGGAAAACAACAAGCAAUCGGCUCAUCAAGCCACAUUUCACACAUCGUCUUCGGAGUCCAGUCUAUUUCCGGUGCAUGAAGAGAUGCUGCCGGACAGUAGUUCCUACGCAGUGUACGUGAGCCACGGAGGCUUGUGGUUUUACUGCAAGGAUCACGUCGUCCGACCAACUACAAUCGCCGAAGUCUUGCGUCGGCGCGACGCUGUGCAGGCCUUAGCGUACUUUUUUUGCCGUUUGCUUCGUUGAAAAUAAAUGGUUUGACCCGUCUGACGCUAGGUCGGGUCUAGAUUAUCUGACGCCUGCUGGGAAGUCAGUGAAUUCGUCCAGCUUCCUGAAAUUUCAUCAAAAUGACAACAAGGUAUGUGCACUCUACCUGCGGAUUGUAG